AUGCCCAAUAUCAAUUCUCCCUUCCACAAGGCACUAGAGAUAGCUCUGCCGGACUUCUGUCCGAAGUCUUCCAGAGAAAGAGAAAGGUCCUGGAAUCGGCUGGACAUCAGAAGAGCCCUGCGCAUCUACCUGAAGCGCACGGUGCCCUUCAGGCGGUCGGAGGUGCUUUUCGUCUCCUUUCAGCCUUCCAUCAAGGGAGCUAAGGUCUCUCCAGCCACCAUCAGCAGGUGGAUCACAUUGGCCAUCUCCAAGGCCUACGAGGCACAAGGACUCCAGGUUCCAGAGGGCAUCACCGUGCACUCCACCAAAAGUGCUGCCACCUCAGCGGCCUGGGCCAUCCAGGCCCCCAUCGAGGACAUCUGCAGAGCUGCAGCCUGGUCCUCUCCCUCGCCCUUCAUCAGGCAUUACCGGCUGGAUGCAUACACCUCCGUGGAGGCGGCCUUCAGGAGGAGGGUUCUUCAGGGAGUCCUGGACUCUCGGUGGGUUCAGCCCAGUGAUUCCCUCCCAAGGACAUCUAGUUUUGAUCAAUUUGUUAAAGCGCUGCAAGAUUACCAAGUGGUUGGCCCAGAAAGAGUUGAUGGAGAUGGACGUUUUCUCUCCUACCAUUUACAUCUCCAUGCUUCAAACGUCAGAGAGAAAAGAGACUCCAGGAGAAGGGAGAGUAAAGCAUAUUAUAAAAUUAGGCACAAAAACAAGGAUCUCUUCUUCGACUUAACUCUUCACCGAGAGCUACUGUCCAAUAAUUAUGUUCUGGAAAAGCGCUAUGGCAACUAUCAUGGUGCUAAGAUCACGCCAAGCGUAGCCACGUCAUGUCACCUUCUUGGGACGGUCAUGGAUUCUGACUCCAGGAGUGGAACAGCAGCGAUCAGUACUUGCAAUGGGCUCGUAAGUGACUGA